UUUCUUUCUUCUUUCUUCUUCUUCUUCUUCUUCUUUUUUUUUUUUUUUUUGUUGUUGCUUUUAAUUUUAGCGCCAUCGUCGUCAAUGCCUCUCUGAACAGCCUUUAGGAAGAGAGAGAGAGAGAGCGCGCGCCAGGGAGAGGAGACAAGAAGAUGAGGAUUAUUUGCAGACAGAUUGUCUUGUUGUUUUCUGGGUUCUGGGGACUCGCCAUGGGAGCCUUUCCGAGCAGCGUGCAGAUAGGUGGUCUCUUCAUCCGAAACACAGAUCAGGAGUACACGGCUUUUCGAUUAGCAAUUUUUCUUCAUAACACCAGCCCCAAUGCGUCGGAAGCUCCUUUUAAUUUGGUACCUCAUGUGGACAACAUUGAGACAGCCAACAGUUUUGCUGUGACAAAUGCUUUCUGUUCGCAGUACUCCCGAGGAGUGUUUGCCAUCUUCGGGCUCUACGACAAGCGGUCCGUGCACACCCUGACCUCGUUCUGCAGCGCCCUGCACAUCUCCCUCGUCACGCCCAGCUUCCCCACCGAGGGGGAGAGCCAGUUCGUGCUGCAGCUGCGGCCGUCCCUGCGCGGAGCGCUGCUGAGCCUGCUGGACCACUACGAGUGGAGCGGCUUCGUCUUCCUGUACGACACGGACCGCGGGUACUCAAUACUUCAAGCUAUUAUGGAAAAAGCAGGACAAAAUGGUUGGCAUGUCAGCGCUAUAUGUGUGGAAAAUUUUAAUGAUGUCAGCUAUAGGCAACUUCUAGAAGAACUCGACAGACGACAAGAGAAGAAAUUUGUAAUAGACUGUGAGAUAGAGAGACUUCAAAACAUAUUAGAACAGAUUGUGAGCGUUGGGAAGCAUGUAAAAGGCUACCAUUACAUCAUUGCAAACUUGGGAUUCAAGGAUAUUUCUCUUGAGAGAUUUGUACAUGGUGGAGCCAAUGUUACAGGAUUCCAGCUGGUCGAUUUUAACACACCUAUGGUGACCAAACUAAUGGAUCGUUGGAAGAAACUAGACCAGAGAGAGUAUCCAGGAUCUGAGACUCCUCCAAAGUACACAUCUGCUCUGACUUAUGAUGGAGUCCUUGUGAUGGCUGAAACGUUCCGCAAUCUUAGAAGACAGAAAAUUGAUAUUUCCAGGAGAGGAAAUGCUGGGGAUUGUCUUGCAAAUCCUGCCGCUCCCUGGGGCCAGGGGAUUGACAUGGAGAGGACGCUUAAACAGGUUCGCAUUCAAGGACUGACAGGGAAUGUUCAGUUUGACCACUAUGGACGUAGGGUCAAUUAUACAAUGGAUGUGUUUGAGCUGAAGAGCACGGGUCCCAGAAAGGUUGGUUACUGGAACGAUAUGGAUAAAUUGGUCCUGAUUCAAGAUGUACCCACUCUUGGCAAUGACACGGCAGCUAUUGAGAACAGAACAGUGGUUGUAACCACAAUUAUGGAAUCCCCAUAUGUUAUGUACAAGAAAAAUCACGAAAUGUUUGAAGGAAAUGACAAAUAUGAAGGAUACUGUGUAGAUUUGGCAUCUGAAAUUGCAAAACAUAUUGGUAUCAAGUAUAAAAUUGCCAUUGUCCCUGAUGGAAAGUAUGGAGCAAGGGAUGCAGACACAAAAAUCUGGAAUGGGAUGGUAGGCGAACUUGUUUAUGGGAAGGCAGAGAUUGCUAUCGCCCCUCUGACAAUCACUUUGGUCCGGGAGGAGGUCAUCGACUUCUCUAAGCCCUUCAUGAGUUUGGGCAUAUCUAUCAUGAUCAAAAAGCCUCAGAAAUCUAAACCAGGAGUGUUUUCCUUCUUGGACCCUCUGGCCUAUGAGAUUUGGAUGUGCAUAGUCUUCGCCUACAUCGGUGUCAGCGUGGUCUUAUUCCUAGUGAGCAGGUUUAGUCCGUAUGAGUGGCACACAGAAGAGCCAGAGGAUGGGAAGGAAGGACCUAGCGACCAGCCUCCCAAUGAGUUUGGCAUCUUUAACAGCCUCUGGUUUUCCCUGGGUGCCUUUAUGCAGCAAGGAUGUGACAUUUCACCCAGAUCCCUCUCAGGUCGAAUUGUUGGAGGUGUUUGGUGGUUCUUUACACUCAUCAUUAUAUCAUCUUAUACCGCUAACCUCGCCGCUUUCCUGACGGUUGAGCGAAUGGUCUCCCCCAUAGAAAGUGCAGAAGAUCUGGCCAAACAAACAGAGAUUGCCUACGGAACCCUGGACUCAGGGUCAACAAAAGAAUUCUUCAGAAGAUCAAAAAUAGCGGUGUACGAAAAGAUGUGGACCUACAUGCGAUCCGCAGAGCCGUCCGUGUUCACUAGGACUACAGCGGAGGGAGUAGCUCGGGUCCGAAAAUCCAAAGGCAAAUUCGCCUUCCUCCUGGAGUCCACUAUGAACGAGUACAUCGAGCAGCGAAAGCCGUGUGACACAAUGAAAGUGGGAGGAAAUCUGGAUUCCAAAGGCUAUGGAGUAGCUACACCCAAGGGUUCUUCAUUAAGAACUCCUGUAAACCUUGCCGUUUUGAAACUCAGUGAGGCAGGCGUCUUAGACAAGCUGAAAAACAAGUGGUGGUACGAUAAAGGUGAAUGUGGACCCAAGGACUCCGGAAGCAAGGACAAGACGAGCGCCUUGAGCCUGAGCAACGUAGCAGGCGUCUUCUACAUUCUGGUUGGCGGCUUGGGCUUGGCUAUGCUGGUGGCUUUGAUAGAGUUCUGUUACAAGUCCAGGGCAGAGGCGAAGAGAAUGAAGCUGACCUUUUCUGAAGCCAUAAGAAACAAAGCCAGAUUAUCCAUCACUGGGAGUGUAGGUGAGAACGGCCGCGUUCUGACGCCCGACUGCCCCAAGGCUGUACACACGGGAACUACAAUUAGACAAAGUUCAGGAUUGGCUGUCAUUGCAUCGGACCUACCAUAAAAACCAAAAACAUAAUCGAGUGCCUUAAUCAAACUGUGUUGGUGACCGACGGGAGCGCGGCCCGGGGCGCGCCGAGCAGGUGCCCUGGACCAGGCCUCUGGCCAGAGCGGGCUGUGCGUCCUGAUGCUCCCCGUUCCGCAGCAGCAACGCGUGCAUGAGCUCAGCUCGGAAGCCCAAACUCAGAUUUUCUAUCAGGAAAACUCACAAUUUAGGUUUUUUCGGGGAGCGGGAGGGUGGGGAGGGAGCUGGGAUGGGCGUAUUAACAGCAACAAAUUUCACUCGAGUGGACUUAAAAACUAAUCAGACUUGCGAGUUAGCGCAUCAAACUGUGAAGUUCUUGCUCAGAAAGGCCUGUCUUCACCGCAAGGGAUAAACUAGUUAGAGAAGUCAGUGAACAUGCUAACGUGCGUCUCCAGAACACCCACGUGGUCCGUGGGAGACUCCAGCUGAGAAAACACAGCACGAAACUGUGAUCGGAAAAUAAUCAACACUCAUGUAAAUCCUGUGAAAAAAUUUAAAGGAUGUAUUUACACUUACUUUGGAGAAAACAAAUACUGAAACAUGCUUGCUUUUUAACUGACGUAAAUUCAGUAGAGGACAACACAAUUCUUUUUUCUAACCAUCUUAGGGAAAAAUACAUUGCAAUAAUUGAUAUGCCAUCACUGUAAUAAACUUUAGAGACUUUUUUUUUUUUAUAAAAGUCGGUCAUCUCCUUGUUGCAAGUAACCUACGCUCUGUCACAUAGUCGGUGUCCCCAGAUCGCGUUUGUCUCACUACCGGAACACAAACACAAACGAAGACAGCAUUACCGUGAAAUCAUCAGUCUGCAAUGUAGAAUCAAAAGAGACUACGGGUCACUCAUGGUAUCGAUGUUAUUUAUAAUCUUGUUCUGUGUACAAAAUUGUGGUUUUUGUACCCACCAAAAGAAUAAAACUGCGGACGUUCU